AUGUCUUCCAUUCCAAAUAGGUUAUAUAUAUAUGGUGAUGAUUCUACAAACCACCAUGACUUUUUUCCCAUCGAAAUGAAUCACAACUCCAAGAUGGUUCGAUCGAUGUUCACUGCAUAUGAUUGUUCGAACCAUAGUGAUUUGUUUUCGUCUUCUCCUUCUAUUUCUUGUUACCAAAAUUCACAUGUCUCUUCAUCUUCCUUUGGAUUUAACAAUUCACAUAUGCCCAACCAUAUGAUGAGGAGAAACAUUGAUUAUGUUUCUGGUACCGAUUAUUUUCCUAUUAAAGAUAAUCCUCAUCUUACUAGAGUUUCUUUCACUCAAACCAUCACUAAUAGGUAUAGUUCUAUUGCUCCUGCCAAUACACUUGAUGCUGUUCAAUAUGAUAUUGAACGUGUCAAACGUGCCAUGGAUUCUAAACCCAAUAUUUGGAAUCCUACUUUACAUUCUCCAAAUUUUCUUGAUAAACAAUGCCAGAUUCUGACUCCUGAGCCUCUUAAUGUCAUUUUCCCGCGCCAAAAUUCUGUAGAUCGUCAACAUUUAAACUUUUUCUCCUUGUCAUCCAAGCAUAACCAUGAUCAAAAUAUUUGUCAUGAGGGUCGAUCUUUGGAAAAAGUCUCUAAACCAACCACUUUUUCCAAAAAAACUAAUGAUUAUAUACAUUGUGAAAAAAACGAGAAAAUUGACGAUGAUCAAUAUGAUGGUCGGACACAUAGUCUACCGUAUGAGAAAUACGGUCCAUAUACAUGUCCCAAAUGCAACGGUGUAUUUAAUACUUCUCAACAAUUUGCUGCACAUAUGUCAUCUCACUACAAGGGCGAGACGAACAAAGAAAGAGAUCAAAGACUUCGUGCAAGGAAUAAAAGAAAAUAUCGUAAACUGAAUCCUGAAGUGUAUGGGGAAUCUCAAAAGAUCAAACCAGAAGAUGGAGUUAAUAGAGGUAGAAGAAGUGAUGGCGAAAUUAUUCAAAAUCUUGGGAUCGUAAAAGAAGAGAUUGUUUAGGAUUUUAUUUCCUUAUUAUUCCUUUUUCAACAUAAAACAUUAGCAUAUUGUCUUCUUUUUCUAGUAUUUCAUCAUAUUUAUUGUUUCUUGAAUUGGAUAUUCUGAUGGUGUCUUUUAUUUUCUCUUUCAAUUUUAAAAUUGUUUUAUUUA